AUGACAUCAGUUGCCAAGGUCUACUACAGUCAGACGACUCAGACAGAAAGCCGGCCCCUAGUGGCCCCGGGAAUACGUCGGAGGAGGGUCCUGACAAAAGAUGGCCGCAGCAACGUGAGAAUGGAGCAUAUUGCUGACAAGCGUUUCCUCUACCUCAAGGACCUAUGGACGACCUUCAUUGACAUGCAAUGGCGCUACAAGCUUCUUCUCUUUUCUGCGACCUUCGCAGGCACCUGGUUCCUCUUUGGUGUGGUGUGGUAUCUGGUAGCUGUGGCCCAUGGGGACCUGUUGGAGCUGGGACCCCCUGCCAACCACACCCCUUGUGUGGUGCAGGUGCACACACUCACUGGAGCCUUCCUCUUCUCCCUCGAAUCCCAGACCACCAUUGGCUAUGGCUUCCGUUAUAUCAGUGAGGAGUGCCCUCUGGCCAUCGUGCUUCUUAUUGCCCAGCUGGUGCUCACCACCAUUCUUGAAAUCUUCAUCACAGGUACCUUCCUGGCAAAGAUCGCCCGGCCCAAGAAGAGGGCUGAGACUAUCCGUUUCAGCCAGCAUGCAGUUGUAGCCUCCCAUAACGGGAAGCCUUGCCUUAUGAUCCGAGUUGCCAAUAUGCGGAAGAGUCUCCUCAUUGGAUGCCAGGUGACGGGCAAACUGCUUCAGACCCACCAGACAAAGGAGGGUGAGAAUAUUCGGCUCAACCAGGUCAAUGUGACUUUCCAAGUGGACACAGCCUCUGACAGCCCCUUUCUCAUUCUACCCCUGACCUUCUACCAUGUGGUAGAUGAGACAAGUCCCUUGAAAGAUCUCCCCCUCCGCAGUGGGGAGGGGGACUUUGAGCUGGUGCUGAUCCUGAGUGGGACAGUGGAGUCCACCAGCGCCACCUGUCAGGUGCGCACUUCCUACCUGCCGGAGGAGAUCCUCUGGGGCUAUGAAUUCACGCCCGCAAUCUCACUGUCAGCCAGUGGCAAAUACAUAGCUGACUUUAGCCUUUUUGACCAGGUUGUGAAAGUGGCUCCCCCUGGUGGUCUCCGUGAUAGCACUGUCCGCUAUGGAGACCCAGAAAAGCUCAAGUUGGAAGAAUCCUUAAGAGAGCAGGCUGAAAAGGAAGGCACUGCCCUUAGUGUGCGCAUCAGCAAUGUCUGACUUCCUGGUCUCGCCUCCCCAGCCCUUCGGCCUUUUCCUCUUUCAGUGCCCUGGGAAAAGGAGACUAUCUGGGUUCCCUGGAGAACCCCAGAAGCACCCAUCCUCUACUUCCCCUUCCUUACCCCGGUGGCCUGUCAGUAGUCCAGACCAACUGGAGUCCUACGUUUUCCUCCCGCUGUCCCCUCGCGCCUCCCUCUACUACUAUGCCAAGCACACCACUCUUAAGCCAGGAUGGGGGAAGGAGAGGGAAGAUUAGGCUGGAAUGGCUUGGAAGGCCUCAGCCAUGCUUGGAGAUUCACAUUAGGAGGACCAUGUGAUUGGAUGGCUAGACUCCCCCCAACUCCCCACUACUAGAAAGUGUGAUGACUUGAGACCGGAGCCCCCUCAGUCUCUGUUUCCAGCUAGUAAGUCCCCUACGGCAAAGCUCUCUCGGAGAGUCACUUGAUGGACUAUGCUCUCAGAAAUAAAGGCAGCGGAAAUCAGGUUUCCCUGGGCUCUCUACCAAAUCCCGAAGAAAGAAGCCAGGGCUUGCCAUGGUGUAUUUCAUCUCAGCUGGUAACUCCUGACAUAACCUAGACUUUUGCUCAUCGUCUUGUUUCCCCUUCCCAGUUCUCAAGUGGAUCUUCUCAGGGGUCCCAGUUCUCUCUCAGCCUCUGUUCCCACAGAACUGGGGCUGACCUGAGAAACAUCAACAGCCACCACCCCUCCUGCACCCAUUCUGGGUUCUGAGGAAGUCAGUUUUAGAACUAUUGUUCAAA